AUGGACUCCUCAGAGGAGACACUGAUCUGCCCGGGAAUCCCGCAACAUUCUUUCGUUUUUGAGGCCGCCGAUUUGCCAACAAAGACUGUUGUUGUGUAUGCGGAUCGAGCUGAGGUGAAACGCUACAUCCAAGCGAGUCUCGCCAAAGGCACCAAUGAGAUCAUCAUUCAGAAUGUCUCAGCGGUCAUUGAACGCCAAUCGGUUCGAGUUGAUGGUGUUGGGGUCGUCAUUCAAGAAGUCCAAUAUCAAGAGAUGCCUAUUGAUACGCUUACUGAAACAGAAAGAGUUCGAGCGCUUGAAGAAGAGAAAUAUGAUUUGGAGUCGCGAAGGGCCGAACUGGAUGACGAGGUGGAGUCACUCAAGAAAAGGGCCGAGGUUUUGGAUGGAGUGGCUGCUCAGAUUGCAUCCGGCUCGAGCUCGGGCAUUUCAUCACCCGACCUCUCACCGCCGCCAGUUCGUCAAAUCGAGAGGAGACACUCAGCAAAUCAAAUCACCCCUCAACCAUCACCACUCCAAACCCCAUGCCUAAAUUUUCUCCUUGACGGCGAUUAUUUGAAAAAUUUAGCUCAUUUUCUCGCAUAUUACGGAGAAACUGUUCACUCACUGAAAGCCGAGAUGAGGGAUAAACAACGGGAAAGCGAUCGGAUCCACGAAAACAUUGAGAAUUUGGAGAGGAAAAUUGAUCAGCUACGCUGUGGUUAUGAGUAUGACUCGAUCAAGCGCAACAUCUCGAUCAUCGUUGAAGUCGAUGAGAAUAAAGAGGCCGAGCUUUUCGUCACGUAUCAGGUCUACUGCGCAGGUUGGAAGCCAACAUAUGACAUUCGAGCGACGACGACGAGCGAUGAGGAACAGAAUUGCUCUGUGAAGUUGUGCUAUUAUGGUUUGGUCGAACAGAACACCGGGGACACGUGGAACGAGUGCGAUCUCGUUUUAUCCACAGCAACUCCAUCAGUUGGUGGAUCUCCGCCGCCAUUGGGCACCCUAACCGCAACGCUGCAGAGACACGCGAAAAAUUUAAGACAACGUCAUGGCUCGUCGAAACGCAAACCGAUGAGCAUGGCUAGUGAAGAAGAUAUGGGUUUUGGAUCGUUUGACUACAAUGAAUUGGUUGAUGCAGCUGCUAUGCAAAGAUUGACAAUGGCGCACAAUGUCUCCUCGGACUCGAACUCGUGCUCAUCGACCCCAAUGGACGCACUCUCGACGGCUUGUUUCCCGAUCGCUCGUCCGGUCACCAUUCCAUCCAAUGGAAUCGAGCAUAAAGUCCUAGUAGCUCAGGUCGAUCUCGGUUGUGCCUUUUUGCACGAGGCUGUUCCCUGCAAGAGUACUUCGGCUUAUCUCUCGGCUCAAGUCAUCAACACAUCCAAUUUACCGCUAUUGCCCGGAGGACUCGCUGUUUACAUGAAUAACAGCUUUGUUUCAAAGACCCACAUUCCCUAUGUCGCCUGCGGGGAUGAGUUCCGAUGCUCACUCGGGCUCGACCCGGCGGUGAAAAUCGAGUACCGAGCGCCGAAUCGACUCCUUGAGCAGGUUGGCUUUAUGUCGAAGAGCCAACUGAUCACCCAGGAGCAAACGAUUGCGCUGAGGAAUGCGAAAGUGAAUCAAACCGUGCAGCUCACUGUUAGAGAGCACAUUCCGAAGAGCAACGAUGAUAAAAUCAAAGUGUCAAUCGUCACUCCAGAGCUUCGGGGGAAAGCGCAGGACGCGAAACUGAACAAGGAUCACAAUCUCGAGUGGACGAUUACCCUUGGACCCGGGCAAACGAAAGAGCUCAACGUCAAGUAUACGAUUCGUUUCUCCGAUGGGGUGAAUGUGAUUUCGAGUGUUGACGAUUUACAAGCAUUUUCUUUAUUUCACGAGAUGUUUUCUAUGAAUUUUAAUCUUUCUACAAUUCCCAAGGGACGACCAAGAGCCGAUACUGACGAAAAAACACCACAUAUUAGAAGAGUGACGAAAGUUUUC